AUGAUGACGGAUGCAGAGAUGGGCCAGGCCUCGGCACACAGAGUAGAUGGUGGUGAUCCUUGUGAAGCUUUUGCAAGAAGGGUUCGAGAGGACCAACCGUGUGGUCACGAGCCAGAGGUGAUUCCGGAAACAGACAUGGCCUUGAGCUUCGAAGAUGGAGUGGAAAAGGAAGAAGAUGAAGACCCGAACUUAGAAGCUAAGCAAGCAGCCAAGGAGUGGGCACAUCGUCGAUACGAGGAUGGACCUCCGGAGCUCUCCGAGGAGUACCUUUGCCGCCUUGACGCAGCUAUGGAUGCUUUGGAGGUAAAGCGUUUGUUGGCACUUGGGGUGGUUCGCAAGCUUGGGGAGAAACAGCAAGGGGGGAAUGCGCCAGAAGGAAUGAAGAAGCUUCAAUCACGAUUCGUUCGUGACUGGCGCUUCCGCGGCAACUGCUGGAUUAGGCGAUCAAGGCUUGUCGCCAAGGAGUUCAAAUUCUUGGAACCCGAGCUUGAGCACCUGUACGCACCAGCUUCCAUGGCAGUACUUCAGCGUGUCUUUGCAGGGUUGUGUGCGAGUGGUGAGAAUUUGGUGCUUUAUAGCGUUGAUGUGAGUGAUGCUUACCUACAAGUUCCACAGAGCUGCCCUACAUGCAUCAUUUCGAAUGACGGAGAGUAUCUUGAGCUGUUGUACAGCCUUCCUGGUCAGAGGGAUGCUGCUCGAGGGUGGUAUCUUCACCUCAAGGAAAUCGUCAAGGGCAAUCGCUUGAAGCCUUUUGAAGGUGCUCCUGCAGUGUUUUAUGAGAAAGGAAAACUUGCGUGCAACAGCCAUGUAGAUGACUUGCAGCUUUGUGGCGGUGACGCUCGCGCACAGGAGUUACUGGACGGCCUGAAGAAGGGCGGCUUGAAGGUCAAGGUCGAGGGACCUGUCCGAAUUGAUGGAGGAGAGUGUCGCUUCUUGAAGCGGUUGUUCGUCGGGGAUGGUUCGGGCAUUUUGGUUGUUCCUGAAGAGAAGUAUGUGACCAAGUUGUGCGAAAUAUUGAAGCUUGAGAGGGCAGCCCCGAAGCCAACACCUUUGCCAUCGUCGUUGAAGCGACCAGUGAGAGAUCCAGAACUUGAAGGCACCACUUUUGAAGAACGAGUACUGAGUACGCAAGAUGGCCAUCUCAUCGAGAUUGUCACUGAUGCCGAUUGGGCUUCAUCGCAUUUCUCGCGGAAGAGUGUGAGCUGUUACUCGAUGUACCUGAACGGGAACUGCGUGUAUGUGUCCACGAAACUUCAACAGACUUUGGCUUUAUCCAGUUGCGAGGCUGAGUACAUGGCCUCACUAGCAGGGUGUGCCGAUGCAUUGUUCGUGAAGGCAUUGCUUGAAGAGGUCACGGAUUCAGAGGUCACGAUCAUCCAUAGGACGGACAACUCAGGAGCUAGAGCAAUUAUUUCAAAGCAAGGAUGUGGACGUUUGCGCCACAUUGACCUUGCUUACUUGUGGCUGCAACGUGAGUACCAGCUUGGACGUGUGAUUGAGAAAGUGAUUACAACCAAAGCGUGCCCACCUGACAUUGGCACCAAGGCUCAUCCACGUAGGAAACAACAGUUUCUACUUGGUCUCUUAGGCUUUGUAAACAAGGACACCAAAGAGCUUGCGGGAUCAGAUGAUGUGAAUGCGUAUCUCAUCCAGAGUGGCUUGAAGAGCGGUUUGAAGAGUAGGAGUGGAAAGGCAGCAGUCCGUCUCAUCAUGGCAAUGUUGUUAACGGACCCCGCGGAUGCUGCGAACAUCAAGGAUGACAACGCGGCGGAGUUCAGCGAUCACUUCCUCACGAGCUUCGUCAUGGUGAUGAUUGGAUUCUUCAUGGUCGGCAUCUUCACCUACAUUGUCUUCUACUUCAACAAGUUGUGCGUGAACAAGGAGAACAAGUGCUUCCGCAUCCUCGUGCUCCUGGCCCUUUUCCUCUUCCAGGCGGACGCGGUGAAGUAUACCAUCACGAUUGAGAUUGACGGUGAAGGUCGAGUCCAACAUGAAGGUGAUGAGCAACUACAUGGGUUCACUUUGGUGGAAAGCGCGAGCUCUCAACCUGUUGUUGCCCCCGGUGGUGGCGCUACUUCGUCUACGAGCUCUGCGACUGGUGGUGCUACGUCCUCUUCUUCGUCUACGGCAACUUCUUCAGCAACCACCGGUCCUACGUCAACGAGUGGAGCCCCAGCUACGAAAGCAAAGGUGGAGGAUGGACCACCCAUCGGGUAUGCAUCCGGUGUCGUUACGGUUUGGCGCAUUGGUCAUGGAAGCUGCUAUCACAGGCAGUUUUGCGGAAUGGUGAAUCGUGCACGCCGUGUGGAGCCGCACAAGCUUCUUGAGCUUAGUCGACGACAGGCGGAGGCAGCUGGACUGAAACCGUGCAGACAGUGUGGUCCUGAGUCGAACGCGUAG